AAUUCCUUUUUAUUUUCUUUUCCUUUUUUUUUCUAUGGAAAAGCCUCAAGUAGUUACUAUUGGCAUAAGUGGGCCUUCUUGCUCAGGCAAAACAACUUUAGCUUUACUUUUAAAGAAACUGUUAGAAAAUGUCAUCACUAUCAACCUAGAUGAGUUUUAUAAACCUGAUAGCCAAAUACCAAAAGAUGAAACUACAGGUUUGGCUAACUGGGAAUCACCUGAAGCUCUUGAUUUUGACAGUCUUAAUAAAGCUAUCAACAGAGCAAGAUCAGAUCCACUUAGUCUUUUGGCUGAGCCCCACAAACUCUUACAAAACAACCAUCAUGGAUCUGAUCUAUUGUCAAAGCAAGAUUUUGCCCAUCUUUUCGAUUCUCUAGAUGCUCUUAAAGACAUUGUAUUCAUUAUUGUAGAAGGCUUCUUACUAUUUUAUGACGAAAAGGUCUGUGCCAAUCUAGACACAAUGUUCUUUUGUAAUGCUUCAAGGCAAGUUUUGAAGCAGAGAAGAGAGAGUCGACCGGGAUAUGUCACAUUAGAAGGCUAUUGGGUUGAUCCACCAGGCUAUUUUGACCAACUUGUUUGGCCUCAAUUCCUUAAAUGGAAUCAGCAUAUUUUAGACGAAACCAAAAGAGAUCCUCGUAUUCUUGUUAUAUCCACCGAUGCCACUUCUGCUCAAGAUAUGGCUUCUUUUGCUGUUCAUACCAUAGAGCAUCAGCAUACAAAAAAAUAAAAAAUAUGUCGGC